GCAAACCUGGGUAGGGCAAGAUUUGCACAUGAAUGACAUACAAGACAGAGAAAGGGAUGAAGCAGACGUGGACCAGUCAGAUGGAUUUCAUCAUGUCCUGUGUCGGAUUCGCCGUGGGUCUCGGAAACGUCUGGAGAUUUCCGUACCUCUGCUACAAGAAUGGAGGGGGUGUAUUUCUGAUCCCCUACAUUCUGAUGGUGUUUAUCGGGGGCAUUCCUGUCUUUUUCCUGGAGAUCGCUCUAGGACAGUUCAUGAAACAGGGCGGGGUCUCAGCCUGGAACAUUGCCCCCCUUUUUAAAGGGCUGGGUCUGGCAUCUAUGGUAAUUGUGUUCUUCUGUAACACAUAUUAUAUCAUGAUCCUGGUGUGGGGACUGUAUUUUCUCCUCCACUCCUUCUCUUCACCGUUGCCAUGGGCGUCGUGCAACCACGACUGGAACACGCUGAACUGCACGGUGAACUUCAGCCGAGCCUGUCCCAAUCACACUGCUGCUUCUGGCUCAUCCCUCUCUUCUUCUCUCCUCCAAAAUAUCUCAUCCCUCCAUCCUAACACCAGCUGUAUGGAGCUAGCGGGCAUGCGUUCCCCAGUCAUGGAGUUUUGGGAACGGAAGGUCCUGCGAUUGUCAGGUGGUCUGCAUGAGGUCGGUGAUAUUAGUGGUCACAUGGUGUUGUGUCUGCUGGCCACUUGGGUGAUCGUUUACUUCUGCAUAUGGAAGGGUGUCAAAUUCACAGGCAAGGUGGUUUAUUUCACAGCUUUGUUUCCGUACCUGGUUUUGGUCGUCCUGUUUGUUCAUGGGGUCUCUCUACCUGGAGCUCUGGAUGGCAUUGUUUACUAUCUAAAACCAGACUGGAGCAAACUCACUGAGGCACAGGUUUGGAUUGAUGCUGGAACACAGAUCUUUUACUCCUAUGCAAUUGGCUUGGGAGCUCUGACUGCUCUGGGAAGUUACAACCGCUUCAACAACAACUGCUAUCAGGAUGCAUUUAUGCUGGCCCUCAUUAACAGUGGGACCAGUUUCUUUGCUGGUUUUGUGGUGUUCUCUGUGCUGGGUUUCAUGGCUGCUGAACAGGGCGUGGAUAUCAGCCGAGUGGCCGAGAGCGGUCCUGGUCUGGCGUUUAUAGCCUACCCUAAAGCUGUCACUCUUAUGCCCCUUGCUCCACUGUGGGCAGUGCUAUUUUUCUUCAUGCUGCUGGUGCUGGGAUUGGAUAGCCAGUUUGUAGGUGUGGAAGGUUUCAUCACUGGUCUGAUGGACAUGUUGCCUCCCAAGUCCCUGAUUGGCUCUCUCCGGCGUGAGGUCGUUGUGGCAAUAUGCUGUGCUACCUGUUUCCUCAUCGACCUCUCCAUGGUAACACAGGGAGGGAUGUAUGUUUUCCAGUUGUUUGAUUAUUACUCAGCGAGUGGGAUAACAUUGCUGUGGCAGGCCUUCUGGGAGUGUGUGGUGGUGGCCUGGGUCUAUGGAGCUGACCGGUUUAUGGAUGAUGUAGCUCGUAUGAUCGGGUACCGUCCCUUGCCCUAUAUGAAAUGGUGUUGGUCCUUUAUCACUCCGUUAGUGUGUAUGGCUGUGUUCCUGUUUCAUGUGGUGAAUUAUAAACGACUGGUGUAUAAUGGGGUGUAUGUGUACCCAUGGUGGGGUGAAGCACUGGGCUGGGCUCUUGCUCUCUCCUCUAUGCUCUGCAUCCCUGUGACUGUCAUCUACAAACUACUCCACUGCAAAGGAUCCCUGCCUGAGCGCUGGCAGCACCUGACUGCGCCCAUAUUUGGCCGUCACCAUAUGGAGUUUCUCCCACAUGAGACAAAAGCCAAACUACUACCCAACUCUGAACCGAGUUUAUGAGUUGUUUCAGUGUAUAAGAAUGAUAUCACACA